AUGGCUUCCGAAGUCAGCAUCGCCUUCAUGUUUCUGAUUCAGACUGGGCUGGCGCUGCUCACCGUUCUCGGCGCCUCUUUCUGCGUUGCUUAUCACUUUUUUUCCCAACCAACGCCGGAGCCGCUUCCCCGGGAAUUCCGCAGCAACGAGUGGGGCCAGCGCUGCGUUCCGUCGGCUCUUCAUGGAAAAAGCCGAAAGUUGAAUUCGGCGCAAAGUGAGGCGCCGCGCCCCCGCCACGCCGGGAAACCCGGGCCCGAAGCGAACGCUGCGAACAGCCCGCAGGGAAGCGGAACUCGCGGCGAGCCGUCUGCAGUGUAUGGCGCCCAGAAAGCAGCCAGGCGCUUCGCGCAGCAGCAGCAGCAGCAGCAGCAGCAGGGGUUGUGGGGCCCCCAAGGGGCUUUUGAACCGGCCGAAGCAGCUGCAGGAAUUGGGGACUGGCCCACAGCAGCAGUCCGCACCGGCCAGCACCCCCACGCCAACGCAUACGGCGCAGCAGCAGCAGCAGCAGCAGCAGCAGCAGCAGCAUACAGUUCUGCAGCACCCCACAGCAGGAGCUUCCACGAAGGCCGAAGCCUCGAGCUGCAGCCCCCGCUAGAGGCGGCGCUGCUGCCUGCUUGGCAGCAGCAGCAGCAGCAGCAGCUAACAGAUCCAGCAGCAAAAUUCCCCACCCCCAGCUAUACCCACUUCUCGGCGCCCCCGGGGCCCCCGGGGGCCCCUGCGAGCUGCCAGCCGGGGCAGUACCCUCUCGAGCCUUUUGCUGCUGCAGCAGCAACGCAGUACAGCAGCAGCUACAGUGCUGCUGCUCGUGCUGCAGCUUGGCAGGCGCAGCAGGCUGGCGGGCCCGACUUGCCUGCUGCAGCAGCUUUCGGGGGGGGGCCCUGGUGGCCCUUGGCCGACGGGCAGCAGCAGCAGCAGCAGCAGCAGCAGCAGCAGCACAGCAGCAGUGCUGCUGCUCUGCAUGCAGCUGCGAACAACCCAGGCCUCUGCAGCAUGCAGCACCCAGCAGCUUCCCGCUGCUCCGACCCCACACAGCCACACAGCUUUCUUGCUGCUGCUGACUUCUGCCCUUCGGAAAGGCGGGCAGCAGGGGCCCCCCUGGACUUGCAGCAGCCGGGGCCCCCAGCAGCAGCAGCAGCAGCAGCAGCAGCAACGGCAUCAAGGGGCUGCGAGUUCCAAGCCCAAGACAUUUCGGAGCUUUCGCGUGUCGCAGAUGCAAUUGAAUCUCUUUUGAGCAAUUCUGCAAAACGGGGAAGACCCGCGGGCCUCGAGGGAGAAGCUAGCAGCGCUGCUGCUGCUGCUGCUGCUGCUGCACAAGAAGCAUAUGCUGCUGCGGCGGCUAAAGAACGUAAGAGCGCCACUGCAGGGCAUCAGGAAUCUUUGCUUUCACCUCCGCCUGCAGAGCUGCUGCCAGCUGCAGCAGCCGCUGCUGACUGCAGCGCAGCAGCAGGGGCCCCGCUAGAGCCGCUGACUUCAAAAACAGAAAACUCUGAAAUUAAAGAAACAAAAAAUGAUUGUGUUCCGCCAACUAAAAGAAGCCUCAGCGUUGCUGCUGGCUCCUCGCUCGACGCGAGGAGCGGCGCAGAGCGGCAGAUCGGAAACGCAUUUCAAGUUGAAACUUCGAAGAAACCACGGGCAAAUGUGAUGACAAACAUUUUGCUUCUGGUUUGCAGGUAUUAUUUUUCUUUUUUAAAUUUAAAAACAGAAAUUAAAAGCCAAAUUAGCCACCAGAACAAGAACUACAAGACUGGCAGGCUGCGGCUGAAGGACUGGUGCAGGCGAAACGCGGGGAGCCUGUCGCCGGACCAAGUUUCAAACUUUUUCGAAGUGAAUCUCCUGAGCGAUCUCGUGAGCGAGUCUGAUCUGAAUGAAUUGCGGGAGAAUUGUGAGCAAAAGAAGAGUCAAGUUGAACAGAGGCCGCAGCAGAAGUGCAGGAGCUCCGGCAGCAGCUUCGAAGCAGCAGACGCCGCUGCUGCUGCUGCUGCUGCUGCCUCUGCUGCUUCCUGCAGCGCCACGGGAAAGCCUGAGCCUUCGCUGCCUCUCAAAAACAAAACAAAUGAAAAAAAUGGAUUUGUAUCUUCUCGAAAAUCUGCAAAUGAUCUUCAAGUUGCAUCCAUGCAAGAAGAGGCCCCCCCGCUCUCAGCUUCUGUGUCCACUGCAGCAAGUGCUGAGCACCAGCAGCACGAAGGCGCAGCGGAAGGCUGGCAGCAGCAGCAGCUGCUGCUGCUGCAGGUGAAGCCCGAAGCAGCAGCACGGGCGCAUGCAGCAGAGCAGCAUCGGGGACUUGAGGAGCUGCAGAAGAAGAAAAGGAAACUUAGCGACACACCAGCAGCAAAAGCGGCCCCCCGUGCUGCGCUGCAGACAGCUGCAGCAGCAAAUCAAACUCUCGCGUCCGGGAGUGCUGCCAGCAGCAGCAGGGACCCGCAGCAGCAGCAGCAGCAGCAGCAGCACGCAAACAAAGCAGCCCAGAAAGCCCCCCACGAUCCUCCUAAUGGCAGCGAAAUAAAGCCAACUUUGCAAAUGCCUGAAGCGCUGCCAUCUUUGCUGCCAGGCGCUGCAGCAGCAGCAGCAAGUGCUGCGGGGCAGCAGCGCAGCAAAAGGAAAGCUGCUGCAGCGGAAGCCGCCGCUGCUCCUCAAGGGGACACUCGGAGGUACAACACGAGAAACAAAGGAGUAAUUAAAAAAGAAAAAUAA